AUGACUACGGCUACUGUAUCAUGGGACGUAUAUGAUCGUGAUGAUAUCACUUUUCAAAUUAGUGGGAUGAUUGUACAAUAUAGAGUUGUCCAGCUAAAUAAUACUUGGAUGAACUCCUCUUUAACCACUGCUGGUGCCCGCACCAUGCGAUUAACUGGUUUACUGCCAGGUACUGAGUAUAUGUUCAAAGUUAUAGUUGUUCUUUAUGAUGGCACAUCAUCUGAAAGUGAAUCGGAACAUUUUAUAACUGUAUCUGUGACAACGAUAUCUGAAGUAUCUCUGAUUGACAUUCGCCCAUUCAGCGCGGAAAUUGGCUGGUCCAUUGAUAACACAGAUUCACCAACAGGAGUUUAUAUUCGUUAUAAAUUGACCACGUCAUCAUCAGAAUUUUUACGAUCACCACUAUUAGCAUCAAGUAUCAGUUCGUAUACACUGUCCGGUUUGUCACCCAAUAACGAUUACACAUUCAAAAUGGAGAUUGUCACAGAUGCAGGCACAGUGGUAAAUUCAACACAACAAAUGUCAUUCACUACACCUGCCCUCUUACUCCCCCACGACAUUGAAGUAAUUAACAUAACUGAUACAAGUGCUGACAUCGUAUGGAUAUUGGAUGAAGAUUCCAAUGUUUAUCACGUGAUAGUACAAUACCAUGAAGACACUAGCCGCAUUGCCAGAGAUGCCAAUAGAGUUUUAUGGACCAAUUCUACUGAUCUACCUCCUACAGAAUCGUCUAUUCAUCUUUCUGAUUUGACUCCACACAUGAUAUAUACAUUUAGAAUUCUAGUUAUGGAUAAAGACCUGGAACAUGAAGAUGUUACAGAUGAGGAAAAAUUUGAGACAAAAACCCCACCAACAAUUCCACUUCCCAGAGAUGUCACAAUCACACACAUUGGGCCUGGGGGUGCUACAGUCAAAUGGACGAUGGGCGAUAACACCGGAGUUGACAUGUUAGUGCUACAGUACCGACCGAGCAAUGGACCAUUGGAUUCUUGGAUAAACGUAACGUCACUGCCUCCUUCUAGUGGCUCGCAUGAUUUGACUGGAUUAUCCCCAGGAAGUGAGUAUGAUAUCAGAAUGGAGGUGGUCUUCAGAGAUGGAAGGACUCGAUACACACAGCCACAGUCGUUUGAGACCAAAGGUCUCCCAAUACCAUAUGAUGUUGAAGUGACUGAUAUCACAAACACAACUGCAACACUCACAUGGCAGAUGGAUGUUGAGCCGUAUGUGGCUGGUAUUAUUAUACAGUAUACUGUUGAUGGGGACUACUGGUUUGAUUCUUCUUUCAUUCCUUCUGGAAAUAAUACUACCGAGCUGUCGUCACUGUUUCCUGGAACGCCAUACACAUUUCGAUUCCUUGUCAUAGCAACUGACCAGGGCACGUCUGUGUCACAGUUCUAUAACUUCAUAACAUUAGGAGAACCAUCUGCAUACAACAUCAGAGUUAGUGACGUCACUAGUGUCUCUGUCACAAUCAGCUGGGAUGUGCCGGAGAACAUGACAGUCGAUGGCACCAUCGUACAAUAUAGAAUGAGCAAUACUUCUUGGUCAAAUUCCUCGUAUAUUGCUAUGCCGAAUACAAGUGUUAUUCUCGUUAAUCUAUCUCCAAUGUCGAAGUAUAUAUUCCGCCUUGUGUUUACACAUCCAAAUACAGAAGUGACCACUACCCCAGCAUACUUUUUUCAAACACUCGCAUUAGCCCCACCUUUACCAAUCUACAUUAGAGUGAUUGACAUACAAUCUACUACAGCUACUGUGAUAUGGAAAUUUGAAUUCACUGACGGAAUUAGUGGAUAUGUCAUCCAAUAUAAAACUACGUCAGAAACAUUCCAGAAUUCAAAAUUCAUACCCAUUACCAGGAAUUCACUUAUGCUGCUGGACUUGAAGCCUGAUUCUCAAUAUGUCCUUCGGAUGAAAGUGAUUGGAAUAGAAGGAGCUAAUGUAUUUACACCAUUGGUUAUAUUCAAAACAGGAGAUGUUCUGUUCGCACCUGCAUCUAUCGGGGAACAAGAUUGGUGGAUGUGGCUCCUCAUUGCAAUUAUCAUAUUAAUAUUCCUAAUUUGCAUCAUUUGCACAGUAUGUGUGCUUUGCUGUAGGCGAAAGAAGCAAGACUAUGAAACACGUGACAAGGAAUUACUAACAUCACAUGACGCUAAAAUGGCAGAUAUCACUUAUGCCGUGGCCCCAGGACCUGUGCUGGAUUAUGAUGAGGCUGACUAUGAUUUAGACCGGUACGCACUCCUCCAAGAUAUUCAAAAAACUAGACCUAAAUUCUGGGAAAUUCCAAGAGGCAAUAUAAGACUUAUUAGGAUUCUGGCGGAAGGUAAAUUUGGGGAAGAGUUGUGGGAAGGACAAUUGGAAUCAUAUGGUGAGGUAGCAGAUGUUGGUGUAAAGAGACUCAAAGAUGAUAACAAUGUCAGCAAUAAACAAAUUCUUAACCAAGAAUUGGAUGUACUAAGCAGAGUCAGCAAACACAUGAACAUAGUGAACCUUGUUGGUGCAUGCACGAUAAAUGGCCCACUUUUGAUAGUAAACGAUGAUCCAGAGAAUGUUCGACUACAUCAUUGGUUGAGAACAUUUGAUCGUUUACAUGAUCCUGUGCGCCAAAACACUCCAGGAUUUAAUGUCAGCCUACAAGUAUUGCCACAGUUGCUAGACUUUGCUAUUGAUAUAUCCAAGGGUUUAGGAUUCUUGGCAUCUCUAAAGUGUGUAAACCACCAUCUUAGUACACGACACAUCAUAAUAAGCGAUAACCUUGUUGCCAGGGUAACGGAUUAUGCAAUACCACUUCCACAAGAGGGUAGAUACGCGUCACUGCCACGAGAAUCACAGACACCUGACGAUAUGAGGUGGAUGUCAUAUGAAUCGCUAUUCUAUAAUUUGUAUUCUGGCAAAAGUAAUGU